UUUAGAGAUGAACUUCAAACAAAAAUCAUUUAGUGCUUCACUAAUUACUUGUCUAAUAAUAAGUAGUUGUUUGGCAGUCGAGUAUAAGGUGCCAAAGGCUACAAUUAAAGUUUUUCAUCCGAAAGGAUUUGAAGUAUCAAUACCACAUGACAGAGGUGUUACACUCUUCGCAUUCCAUGGAAAAUUAAAUGAAGAAAUGGAUGGUUUAGAGGCAGGCACAUGGUCUGUAGACAUACGCAAAAAACAAAAUGGAUAUUGGACCUAUAAAAAUACCGAUGCUGAACUAAAAAUAGGUGAUACACUAUAUUAUUGGACAUUUGUAAUACGCAAUGAGUUAGGCUAUCGUGAGGAUAAUGGAGAGUUUAAAGUUGAAGCCUACGAUAAUUAAUAUUUUAUAGUGAUUUAUGUUAAAAU